CAAUCACUUCGCUUGUAUUUUUUGCGGUAGACUGAGGCUAGGGACUUCUACGGAGCUGUAGCAGGUACCUGCUCGAUUUGUUAUUGUUUGUGUUUUUGUUACGUUACACCCGUAAUCCUUAAGGCAACUGAGUGAAAACCCUUCUCUGUCCUAAAGAUGCUUUUCUAAGAACUAGCUAUUUAACUUCAUAAACUGACCGAGACUGUAUUAUUCAAGAAACCAGAAUGCAAAAUAUAUGUUCUUCCCUUUAACAAAGUGUUUUUUGUGAUUUUCUCGAAUGAUGAUAAAAUCCUAGUGAUAGGGAUAUUACCCUUAAGUUUGAUAUGUGCGUUUGUGGGAAAAUGUUAAUUGUUUUAGUUAUCGUUUAUGGUUUACUAGUGAAUUCUCAAGGAGCUGUUGAUUUUAAUGAAGAAACGACUAAUAGUUUUGGAUUAGAAACAGUAUCAUCAUGUCCUUCAAACCAAUUCAGAUGCACAAACGGCAGAUGUAUACCGAUCAGUUGGCAUUGUGAUUCAAGUAGGGACUGUGAUGACGGCAGUGAUGAACCUCCGGAUUGUCAACAGAAUCAUAACUGUCGAAGUGACCAGUUCCAGUGCUCUUUGACCAAGAAAUGCUUACCGACGGGAUGGGUUUGCGAUGAAGAAAAAGACUGCGGGGUUUCCCAGGAAUUCGGAAAAGACAUCUCUGACGAAGACCCGAAACGUUGCGCGAAGGAAGCGAAGUGUAAAUGGAAUGAAGCACUGUGCGGCGAAGGUGUAGAAUGUAUACCUAUCAAGAAAUUUUGCGAUGGCCAGAGAGAUUGCGUGGCAGGUAGCGACGAGUGGGACUUCUGUCAAAAUGCGACUGAAACCUGCAAUAAAUUGCAAUGUUCUUUUGGAUGCAAACUGACUCCCAAAGGACCACUAUGUUACUGUCCAGAAGGAAAGAAGCCUUCAGAUAAUUUAUGCAUAGAUGCUAACGAAUGUGAGCUCGAUGACUCUUGCUCACAAAUUUGUAAGAAUACCCAAGGCUCCUUCGAGUGUUCCUGUGUUUCAGGAUAUCGAGCUGAAGGAACAGAUUGUGUAGCUGUCAACUUUCCACCGUCGGAACCUCCAUCUCUAAUAUUUUCCACUCAAACCGAAAUACGGAGAGUUACACUCAAAGGAAAAUCCUUCCCAGGAAAUUCAACUCUUCGACUUUUAAAUAGCAAUGCUUUAGAAUUCAUACACCGUAAUCAUACAGUUUGUUACGUUCAUCAUAAUAUUUCAAAAGCAUCACUAGUAUGUGCGAAUGUCAACGAUUUGAACCAAAGGUGGGUCGUACUUGAGAAAUCGCCUUUAUUGGAAGUAGAUUUGAUACAGCAAUUUGCUCUGGAUUGGAUUACUGAAAAUUGGUAUUUUAUGGAUGAUCAGAGAGAAGUUAUACUUGUGUGUACUAACGAUUUAAGCUGGUGUAAUAUCCUUGUUGAAUAUGAACUAAGUAAACCAAGAGCAAUUGCUCUGGACCCUACCAGUGGAUAUCUGUUCUUCACAAAAUGGGGUCAUUCACCUCCGAUGUUAGAACGUAUAAAUAUGGACGGCACAGGCCGUAAAGCCAUAGUGGACCAUACAAUAGUCUAUCCAUAUGGAGUAGCUGUAGAUUUCCCUACAAAAAGAGUUUACUGGGUAGACACAUACUUGGAUUAUGUAGAACGUGUAGAUUACAAUGGACAAAAUAGAAAAACUGUUCUUAGAGGGACCAAAGUUCAAAAUUUAUAUGGAAUUACCGUUUUUCAAAAUAGCAUUUUCGUUUCUUCAUGGUAUAAUAAUAGUAUACUGGAACUUCAUAAAUUUAAACAUGAGGAAAAAAAUAUUGUUGUUAAUAUUAGCAGGCCUUUUAAUGUUUACGUGUUUCAUAGACAGAGGCAGCCUGAUGUUGCUCAUCCGUGCAAAACUCUAAACGAUUGUGAUCAUAUGUGCAUCCCUCUAUGGAACGACAACAUUGCAAUCAAACGAUGCGCUUGUGCUACUGGAUAUACCUUAACAAACAAAACUAAAUGCAUUCUAAAAAUGCCUCCUAAUUUUUUACUUUUAUCGAAAAGCCGUCCAUUUUCAAUAAGAGGUAUAGAUUUGGCUACUGGAAAUGAAACUAUUGUCCCCAUUAUGAACAUUGGUAGACCUAAGGGAUUAGACUAUGAUGUUAAAGGGCGUAGUUUGUUUUUUGCUGACGCUCAAAGUAUGACUGUCAACAUGGUUAACCUAAGAAAUACCACAGAUCGCACAGUUUUAUUAAAAAACACUGUCUGUGAUGGCUUAGCCUUCGACUGGAUUUCCAGAAAUUUAUACUGGACUAGCUUAGAAAAAGGCAGUAUUAGUGUAACUAAAUUAAUUAAUAUAACUACCACUAGAACCUUAAUAGAAAGUAAUAACUACAGCCCAACUGCUAUAACAGUGGAUCCUCUUAAUGGUGUCAUGUACUGGGCCGAUUGGUCAAGUUUAUCACCGGAAAAAGGACGUAUAGAUACAGCAAACAUGGAUGGAACCAAUAAACACGCCUUUUUAACAGAAAAAAUCCACUGGCCCAGUGGUCUGGCGAUUGACCAUCAAGCUAAACGGAUCUACUGGUCUGACAAACAUUUAAAAAUAAUUCAAAGUGUUGACUUCGACGCUAAAGAUCGUAGAACUGAAACCAUUGGUAGUUUGGAGAAUCCUCACAGUUUGACGAUUGGCCACGGCCUUAAGAAGUAUUUAUUUUUUAUUGAGAUGACUAAAGGUGCCGUUAUGUCUUAUAGAAAUGAUACCGGAAUUAAGAAGAUUUACGAAGGAAACUUGCCGUUGUAUGACGUCAAGAUGUUUGAUUCUGAGUCUCAAAUAGGUGAAAAUGACUGUGCCGUCUCGACAUGCCCAGAACUUUGUAUACCAUUGCCAGAUCAUAAAUCUGUAUGUGCUUGCACGGAUGGUUUUCAAUGGAAGAAUGAUUCAUGUAUUAAAGAAAACAACGUGACUGUCCCUUCAUAUUGCCCAUCCGGUAAAUUUCAGUGCUUACAAAAAAAGCAUUGUAUUCCAAAUGAUUACCUUUGCGAUGGAGUGGAUAACUGUGAUGAUGGGUCUGAUGAAUCCGGUGAUCCAGGAGGUCCGUGUGAGAAUGUAUCUUGUGGUGAUAACCAAUUAAAAUGUGAUAAAACAACCUGCAUAGCUAAGCACUGGGUCUGUGACGGAGAGAAGGACUGUUUAGAUGGCACAGACGAAGAUCCAGGUACGUGUUCCCAAAUAUGUCCUCCCACACAAUUCAAGUGCAAGAAGUCCAGGAGGUGUAUACCAAUGGUUUGGCACUGCGAUAAUGUUCACGAUUGCGGAUUUGAUGAUCACAGUGAUGAAACUGAUUGCAAAACUUCUACAUGUGACGUAAACGAAUUCGCCUGCAAAAGUGGUCAAUGUAUUGCCUCACGUUACUAUUGUGAUUCCAUAAAAGAUUGCGAUGACGGUAGUGAUGAAAUCAACUGUAUGCAAUGUGAUCCUAUGAAGGAAAUCCCAUGUAAACCAAGAGACGAAUGUCUUCCUAAAAGCGUACGAUGCGAUGGAAAAACGAACUGCCCAGAUGGGUCAGAUGAGAAAGAUUGUGGGCAUACAGUUGAAUGUGAAACUGACGAAUUCACCUGCACAAACUUUGAAUGUAUUCCAAAGGUUUUUGAAUGUGAUUCUGAUCUUGACUGUGUCGACGGUUCUGAUGAAAUGAAAUGUGAUCCUGGUAGACUGAAAAAUGCUACAAACGCCAAAAGCCCAACGUUAACUUGUGAUCCACCUCAUAAGUCCUGUGAUAACAAUACAAAAUGUAUCUCGCCAUCUAAACUGUGCGACAACAGGCAAGAUUGUGCUGAUGGGUCGGAUGAAAUAGAUCAAAUGUGUACGGAUUAUAAUAUCACAGAAUUCAAACUAUCAUCAUCCUGUGAGUAUCCUUCGAGACUUUGUGAUAAUGGAACUAAAUGUAUUGAUGUUGAUAAACUCUGUGAUGACCGAAAAGAUUGCAAUGAUGGCUCAGACGAAGGUUUAAGAUGCUCGGAUAUGUUAUGUGAACAUAGUUUUGUGUGUUCUCACGACUGUCACAAUGCCCCAGAAGGUUUAAUAUGUACUUGUCCGAAAAAUUUGCAUCUACAAGCCGAUAAGAUUAAUUGUUUGGCAACACAUCCAUGUGAGGCAUGGGGAACUUGUUCUCAAUUAUGUAUACCAAGAGGUUCUCGGUUUAAGUGUACAUGUCAAGAAGGUUACGUCAUCCAAGAUGAUGGUUUUACUUGUAAAAGCACCGAUAGUGGAAGACCUUAUGUUAUAUUUAGCAACCGUCAUGAACUAAGAGGAGUAGAUCUACAUACAUUUGGUUUAAAAUCGUUUAUAGCAAGCUUAAAGAACACCAUUACUUUAGAUUUUUAUCACGCAAAUGACACUAAUAUGAUAUUUUGGACGGACGUUAUAGACGAUAAAAUUUAUAGAGGAACUGUAGUAGGCGGAUCGCUUGGAAAUAUUGAAGUAGUAGUUCAAACUGGUUUGUCCACAGCUGAAGGUCUAGCUGUCGAUUGGUUAGGUCAAAAUUUAUACUGGGUUGAAAGUAAUUUAGACCAGAUAGAAGUCGCUAAGUUAAAUGGUAGCUUCAGAAGAACGUUGGUAGCUGGUGAUAUGGAAAGUCCAAGAGCUGUAGCAGUGGAUCCAAGAGACGGAUAUCUUUUCUGGACUGAUUGGGACAAUCAACUGCCAAGAAUAGAACGAUGUUCUUUAGCUGGUUCAGACCGAAAAAUAGUCGUUAAAGUUGGCAAUAGCGGUUGGCCGAACGGGCUAACCUUAGAUUACACCAUUCGCCGAAUAUAUUGGAUAGACGCUCGUUCAGACUCUAUCCAUACUUCGAAUUAUGACGGAGGAGAUCACCACGAAGUCAUGAGAAAUCACGAAAUGUUGUCACAUCCUUUCGCCAUAACUGUAUUCGAAAAUUAUGUCUAUUGGACGGAUUGGAGGACAAACAGUGUAGUACGAGCAAAUAAGUUCACAGGUGGCGAUGUUAGAGUGAUUCAAAGAACUUUAUCUCAACCAUUCGAUAUCAAAAUAUUACAUCCUAGUAGACAACCGAGAGAUGGCAUUAAUCCGUGUGGUGGUAACAAUGGAGGAUGCUCCCAUUUAUGCUUAAUCCACUUAAAUCAUACUUACAAGUGUGAUUGCCCACAUAUUAUGAGACUUAGCAAUGAUAACAAGACCUGUGUAGUAAAUGAAAAAGUCUUACUAAUAGCAAGAAAUAAUGAAAUACGUGGUGUUGAUAUUCUUCAGCCUUACUACCAUACAAUUCCAACUAUAAGUAUUCCACAAGUUUUAAGCCCUGUUCAGAUAGAGUACUUAGCAGCUAACAGUACCCUAUUUUGGGCUGAUUUUCAUAUUAACGAAAUAAAACGGACUAGUCUAACACACGGACCAUCUGAAACACUUUUAGACACAGGCUUACAAAAUCCUUCUGGCCUAGCCGUAGAUUGGAUAUCAGAAUUGCUUUUUAUAUCUUCUAAAGUUGGUAUAAUGGUUUCUAACCUCAAAGGAGAGUACAUAACUAAGAUUAUCGAUAAUGUAAAUGUUCUAUCGGUAUGUGUAGAUCCGCCAACAGGUAAUCUGUACUGGAUAUCUUCGGUAAACGAUACCGAGACUGUAGAAACUAGUAAUAUGGAUGGUAGUAAUAGAAAAACGGUUGUUUCUAAUCUGAAAUCUAACUCUAAAAGUUUGACAGUCGAUGCCAAAGCUUCCAAAUUGUUCUGGAUAAGUGAACUAAAUGUCUAUAACAGUAAUUUUGACGGCUCGAACUUACAAAAAUUAAACCUAUCUGAGAAUAUAUCUGUAUCCGCGAUUACUGUUUAUCAAAAUAAAUUAUUUUACUCCGAUGAUAAUACACAGUCGAUACGUUCAGUUGAUAAACUUACAGGAAACAAUGAUUAUAUUCUUAGAAACAGUACUGGCAGCGUUUUGGCAUUAAGAAUAUACGAUCCGAGUGAGCAACAAGGUUCGCAUCCUUGUAGCGUGUUCAGAGGUGGUUGCCAACAUCUUUGCUUACCGAUUUCUGAUAAAACUUUGACCUGCAAAUGUGCUACUGGCUACAUCAAAGAUCCAAAAAAUAUCUUCAAAUGUAUUGGAGUCGAAGAAUUUUUGUUUUAUUCAAUUAAUUGGGAACUUCACGGAUUAUCUUUAGACGGAAAAAAUGAUAGCGAAGUGUUAGGACCAAUUUCUAGAGUGUCCAGCGCUACGACCAUUGACUUUUUAGCUGACGAAGAUCUACUUUUCUGGGCUGACAGCGAUCACGGAACAGUUAGUCGUGUAAAAAGAGACGGCACCGAAAGAAAAUUCAUCUUAGACCAACCAGAAAUUUUGGAGAACACUCCUUUAGAUUGGUUAACUGGUAUGGCUAUUGACUGGAUAGCCAGAAAUAUCUAUUGGUGUGAUUCAAAGCGUGGCACAAUCGAGGUGUCUCGUUUGGAUGGGAGCAAACAAAGUGUCUUGCUGUCAUACGAAAUUGGUAAACCAAAUUCCUUAGCUGUAGAUCCUGUUAAGGGUGUGUUGGUAUGGGCAGGUGGCUCUAAAAUUGAGAUAGCAACGAUGGACGGACAAAAUAGAAAGCUGUUAGUGAGCGAUGGCAAAGCUAUUUCAGACAUUGCCCUAGAUACAACCAACGAGUACAUAUAUUUUACAGAUAUACAAGCUAAUACUAUAGAAAGAGUGAGUUAUAUUGGGGAAAAGAGAUUGGUAAUGCUUAAUCACUCAUUAGAGAAUCCGAUAGCUAUAACUACAUUGGAUGAUAAAAUAUUUUGGUUAGAUACUACAUUUGAAAGAGGAAGCAUUUCUUCUGCUCUUGUUUCCAAUGUUUCUAAUUCCCAAGUUCUUCUCAGUGAUUUAGGCGAUUCGCUCAGAGAUAUACACAUUUUUUCAAAACGGAAACAAAGAGGCAGUAAUCCUUGUAGUACUAAGAAUGGUGGUUGCGAACAACUGUGUCUAUUUAACGGUACACAUCCCGUAUGUGUUUGUUCGCAUGGUAGAAUAGGUGCUAAUGGUAAAUCAUGUGAGCCGUUUGAAAAUUUUGUGAUGUAUUCGAGAGUGAUUAGUAUUGAUUCUAUACAAAUGGUGGGCGAUAAGAAUUUGCAGAAUUCACCACAUCCUACAAUUAAGAAUAGUACGAUGUUAAAGAAUGCUAUUGGAUUGUCAUUUAGUUAUAAACACCAAAGGUUGUUUUAUUCAGACAUACAAAAAGGCUCUAUCAACGCCGUAUUUUUUAAUGGAACCGACCACAGAAUUAUAGUAGAACGUCAAGGAUCUGUGGAAGGCCUAGCAUAUGAGCAAGUUUACAAUUCUUUAUACUGGACUUGUAAUAAUGAUGCCACUAUUAACAGAGUAAAUUUAACAAAUCGCAUGACUAAUUCCUCGGCUGUGGAGACUAUUGUACGCAUGCGUGUUCAGGACAAACCGCGUGGUAUAGCUGUUGACAGUUGCGGAAGUCGCGUUUACUGGUCAAAUUGGAAUCCUCAGCAACCUACGAUUGAAAGAGCAUUUUUGACUGGAUUUGGAAGGGAUAGUAUUAUCAAGACUGAUAUUAGAAUGCCAAAUGCUAUUACUUUGGACCAUAAGGCACAAAAAUUGUAUUGGGGUGAUGCUAGGUUAGAUAAAAUUGAGAGAUGUGAAUACGAUGGAACUAAGAGAGUUGUUUUGGCCAAAGUAACGCCACAACAUCCGUUUGCUCUAGCAGUCUAUGGGGAUUUUAUAUAUUGGACUGAUUGGAUGUUGCAUGCAGUAAUUAGAGCAGACAAAUUUACCGGACAAUAUAUUGUUUUACUCAGAAGAGAUGUAGCUAGACCCAUGGGUAUAGUAACCGUUGCAAAUGACACUGAAGACUGCUUUUCUAAUCCCUGUUUAAUACAAAAUGGCUUUUGUGAAGAAAUUUGUGGUUUGUCAGCUUCUGGACAGGUUGAAUGUUCUUGCGAAGAAGGUAGAAUUCUUUCCGAACAAGGGCGCUGUCAUGCGAAAAUUCUCACCAACUGCACAAAUGAUGGUGAUUCGUUUAGAUGCUCAGAUGGUGGUUGCGUUCCUUUCCAUCUAACUUGUGACGGCAUUCCACAUUGUGCGGACAAAUCCGAUGAAGAACCAGGAUAUUGUGGAUAUCGAACAUGUCCUUUGGGUUGGUUCCCUUGUCAAAACAAGAUGUGUAUCUCAUUAAAUCUAACCUGUAACGGUGUUGACGAUUGCGGAGACUCGACAGAUGAACAAAAUUGUGCUUGCCCAGAAGAAACCCAUUUCAGAUGUAAGAAUGGCGAAUGUCUUGACAUUGCUCAUAGAUGUGAUAACGAACCUGAUUGCCAGGAUAAAACUGAUGAAAUCGGAUGUGAAAUGCCUAACUGUACUGAAAAACACGGCAUUGGAUUCGUCAAUUGCAAGUUUACAACGACUUGUAUCCACAAAGAUUGGUUCUGUGAUGGAGACGACGACUGUUGGGACAAUUCUGACGAAGAAAAUUGUACUGUUGUCAGAUCCGCUUGUGACAAACAACAGUUCCAGUGCUUAAACGGAGCUUGUAUAGAUUUGAAGUUAAGAUGUAAUGGUGUAGCUGACUGUAAAGAUGACGAUACCACUGGCAUUGCUUUGGAUGAAAUAAAUUGUGGUAUAGAUAACAAAUGCACUAUGGAUCAGUUUAUGUGUGAAAAUGAUUCAAAAUGUAUACCACUUUCUUGGCAUUGCAAUGGUGUUCCAGAUUGCACUGACCAUAGUGAUGAAGAAAAUUGCCAGCAAAGAUGCCGAAGCGAUCAAUUCCAAUGCACAAAUAAAGAAUGUAUUCCAAAAUCGUGGCAAUGUGAUGGGAAUCCAGACUGUACCGAUCAAUCGGAUGAAAGUGAACAUUGUCAAGUUACAACUUGUGCUAAAUAUGAAUUCAGAUGUAACACUACCGGAAGAUGUAUUCCUUUGUCAUGGGUUUGCGAUGGUGAGGCGGAUUGUCAGGAUAACGCUGAUGAACACAUGUUGCAGGGCUGUAACUUCAUCAGUUGCAACACCAACCAAUUUCGUUGUGCAGAUGGUCAGUGUAUAGGCAAAAUCUAUUAUUGUGACGGUGAUCGAGACUGCAUUGAUGGCUCUGAUGAACCCCUCGAGUGUUAUAAAACAUGCGAUGACGACGAAUUCCGUUGUCAAAAUGACAAGUGCGUCCCCGACCACGCUAAAUGCGAUGGAAAAGAUGAUUGUGGUGAUGGCAGUGAUGAAGGUGUGCAUUGUGAGAACAGCGCAGAAGAUGGAUACUGUAAAGGAAAGGGAUGGUUCCAUUGUGAUAAUGGAGUUUGUAUCAAUGAAACGCUGUUAUGUAACAGUGAGAAUAAUUGUGGAGAUUUUUCUGAUGAAAAUAAGUGUAGAAUAGAUGAAUGUUCUGCAUCCCCGCAACCCUGCUCGCAAAUCUGCGUUGACAAACCUGUGGGCUACGAAUGUCAAUGUCACCUGGGCUAUAAGGUCAGCUCUAAGGAUGUUCAUCACUGUGAGGACAUAAACGAAUGCGAGCAACAGAAACCGUGCAGUCAAGUUUGCACAAAUACCAGAGGAUCAUAUCAUUGUAGUUGUGUGGACAAUUACAUAUUGCAUUUUGAUAAGCAAUCGUGCAGAGCCAAUUCCACUGUUAAAGUCAAUCUUAUAUUAGCAAACAGGUAUUAUAUAAGAGAAUUAGAUCUAAUGGGCCGGAGCAGUCUUCUUGCUCAUAACUUGACAAAUGCAGUAGCACUUGACUAUGAUUGGAAGAGUCAGUGUAUCUAUUGGUCUGAUGUGACACAACUUGGAUCUUCCAUCAAGCGACUUUGCAACUACAAGAAAAAUUCUACAGAAGUGGAGAUUUUACACUCACCCACUCUGCAAAAUCCGGAUGGCUUGGCUGUAGAUUGGAUUGGCCGAAAUUUGUAUUGGUGUGAUAAGGGUUUGGACACAAUAGAAGUAUCUAGUUUAGACGGAAAAUAUCGCAGAGUUCUUCACUCCAAGGGUCUAGAAGAACCUAGGGCAAUAGCCUUAGAUCCAACUAAAGGGUACAUGUACUGGUCAGAUUGGGGUUCUCGUGUUCAUAUUGGAAAAGCAGGUAUGGACGGUUCAAAUCCAAAAGUCAUUAUCAAAAACAACCUAGGUUGGCCUAACGCUUUGACCAUCUCUUAUGAAACUCAAGAACUCUUUUGGGCAGAUGCUAGAGAAGAUUAUAUAGCCUUCUCUGAUUUGGAAGGAAAUAAUGUCAAGGUUGUGGCUAGUAGAGAAAGAAAUCCCAAAUUCCAACUGCAUCACGUUUUUGCUAUAGAUAUUUGGGAAGAUUACAUAUAUUGGACCGAUUGGGAGACCAAAACAGUUGAAAGAUGCAACAAAUACACGGGCGAAGACUGCAAAUCCAUCUUAUCGACAGUUCACCGUCCUAUGGAUAUUCGAGUAGUUCAUCCUUUUCGUCAGCCAUCUGUCAAACAUAAUCCUUGUGCAACAGCUAACUGCUCAGCUCUCUGUCUCUUAACACCUUCAGCACCUCAUUUCACUUGCGCAUGCCCAGAAAAUUACAUAUUAGGCAAUGAUAGCCGUUCCUGUGUCGCCAACUGUACAACUGCUCAUUUUGAGUGCAAGACGAACUUCAAAUGUAUUCCGUUUUGGUGGAAAUGUGACACACAAGACGAUUGUGGUGAUGGAAGUGAUGAGCCUCCAGACUGUCCAUCAUUUAAGUGUACACCAGGGCAAUACCAGUGCCAGAAUAGACAAUGUAUUCAUCCUUCAGAUCUAUGUAACGGGAAAAACGAUUGUGGCGAUGGUUCUGAUGAAAGUGACUGUCAACAUUACACUUGUCUUAAUACACAGUUUAGAUGCGAAGGUAAUUCAACAGUUCCCCCAAGAUGCAUACCUGCCAAGCAACGUUGCAACAAGCAUGUCGAUUGUCCGGGAGCCGAGGAUGAAUUAAAUUGUCCACCCGUCACUUGCCCACCUAAUCAAUUCAAGUGCCAAAAUGAUAAAUGCAUACCAGCCGUUUGGGUAUGUGAUAAGGACAACGAUUGCACUGAUAAUUCAGACGAGGAACAGGAUUGCGAUGCUCGUACUUGCGGAGCCCAACAUUUUAGAUGCAAUUCUGGAAGGUGUAUUCCACAUUCUUGGCUUUGCGACGGUGAUCCUGAUUGCUCUGAAGGAGAAGAUGAACCAAAAACUUGUAGUCAUCCAGAUUAUCAUACAUGCGAGCCUACUUACUUCAAAUGCAAGAACAACAAAUGUAUUCCAGGGCGUUGGAGGUGCGACUACGAAGGAGACUGUGGAGAUGGAUCUGACGAAGAAGGUUGCGUUCCGAGAAAUUGUUCAGAAUCAGAAUUCCGAUGCAAUAGUGGAAAAUGUAUACGGGGUGAUAUGAAAUGUGAUGGAGAAUAUCAAUGCGAAGAUAGAUCAGAUGAAGUCGAUUGCCAUAUUCAGUGUAAAAAUAACGAAUUUCAGUGUACGAAUCCAGGAAUUUGCAUCUUUUUAGCUUGGAAAUGCGACGGAGAAGUUGACUGCCCAGACGGUUCAGAUGAAGCCAAUUGCUCUGACACUUGCCCUCACAACGGUUUUCGAUGCAAAAAUGGUUUAUGUAUAUACGAACAGUGGCGUUGCGACGGCCAAAACGAUUGCGACGAUGGAUCGGAUGAACUAAAUUGUUUCUUUAACGUUUGUCCACCCGGUAGAUUCAGAUGUAAGAAUCAUAGAUGUGUUCCUAUUAGUGCAUUAUGCGAUGGAAAAAAUCAGUGCGGUGAUGGAAGCGACGAAGAUAAGCAUAUUUGUAGAAGAUACGGCCUUUGUCCGCCGACCCAGUUUUCCUGUAAAAGCGGGCGGUGUGUGGACACUUCUCUUCACUGUGAUGGUUCGGAGGAUUGCGACGAUGGAAGCGACGAAGCAGAUUGCGAAACGUCAGCUUGCAAAUGGAACAGCUGCUCGCAGAUAUGUGUGGAAGUCAGGCAAAAUCAAACUGUGUGCAAAUGUCUACCUGGUUACAGACAUACUGAUGCUGGACAAUGCCAAGCGAUGGGAGAUUUAGCUGAAUUAGUCUUAGCUGCUGAAGCUGAAUUAAGGCUUAUGUCGCCUUAUAAGAGCGGCGAUGAUGAUAAUAAACUGAGAAAAACUUUAGCAACGGCCCCUGGUUACAAAGUAGACGCGGUGGACAUUUUAUCAAGCGGUAGACAAGCUAUUGCAUAUUGGACUGACCAUCAAUCCAAGCGGGUCCAGUCCAUCGUUAUACACAUAGACAAAGAUGGACGUUCAAACAGAGAUGCCGAUGUUGCCAAGACGAUUUUAUCGAACUUACAAGAUCCUAGGGGCAUCAGUAUAGAUUGGAUAGCUAGAAGAAUUUAUAUAACCGAUGGGAAUAGGUUAUUAGCUGCUACUUUAGACGGGAAUUAUGCGUAUACGUUGUUUAAAGGAGACAUGCAACAACCAAGGGACUUAGUGGUAGCAUCAGAUCAAGGAGUGUUGUUUUGGGCUGAUUGGGGUCCUACUGCUAGGAUAGAAACAGCAAAUAUGGAUGGUUACAAAAGAAGAAUUCUUGUCAGUACUGGAAUAUUGUGGCCUACUGGAUUGGCAAUCGAUCAUGGUACAAACAGACUUUAUUGGGCCGAUCCAAAAACGAUGACAAUAGAAAGUGUCCUUUAUGAUGGAACCGAUAGGCAUAUUAUUAGACACUUUGAUAAAGACAUUCGUCCAUAUAAAAUAGAAAUAUUUGAAGAAAAUCUCUUUGUUUCUACUCACAAUAAACAUGAUAUAUUCAGGAUGAACAAAUUUGGAAAAGGAAACAUAACAUAUUUGGUACAAGGUCUUACUAGAAUUUCUGACAUUUUGAUAUUACACGAGCACAAGCAUGCCAAAAUGAAUAACACUUGUUAUGAUUUUUGUAAUGACAGCGAGUUUUGUUUAUUGACCCCUAGAGGAGCAACUUGUACCUGUCCUGAUGGUUAUGUCAAGGAUAAUUUGACUUGUAAAGCAGCGUCAUCAAGAAGUAAUGAAUGUUUCUUGAACUGUCAUACUGGAACCUGCAAACUAAUCCAAGGACAGGGCCAGAAAUGCAUUUGUCCCCCACAAUAUACAGGUCCAAGAUGCGAAACCUAUAGGUGUUCACAAUAUUGUAAAAAUCACGGAAUGUGCUAUGUCGACGUCCAUUCCGCUAAAAGUACAGAUUCAAAAUCACCACUUAAGUGCAAUUGUCCUCCACAAUGGACCGGAGAAAGAUGCGAAACACCUGUUGAUCUCUGUGAAGGGAGAUGUUAUAAUCAAGGUACUUGUGUUACAUUAGAAACAGGCGUACCCCAUUGCAGCUGCAAAACAGGAUUUUCAGGAAAUCGUUGUCAAAAUUGCGCCGGCUUGAUCUGUCAAAAUGGCGGAGUUUGCAGUAUCCGAAACAAUCAAGAAACUUGCAUUUGUGUACCAGGUUAUCGGGGUCGCUCUUGUGAAAUCUCUAUAUGCGGUAGUCAUGGUCGACCGAUAGGCGAUGGUUCAAAAUGUGCUUGCUCUCCAGGCUACACGGGCGAUACUUGUGACCGAAACAUGUGCGACAAUCAUUGUCAAAAUGGCGGCACUUGCCGACAAGGGGCGAAAGUACCCGAAUGUAUUUGCAGCAAGUUCUUCACCGGAAGGAGAUGCGAAAUAGACUUGUGUUCAGGAAGAUAUCCUCCCAGAGGGUGUGCUGAGAAGUGCACAUGUAAAAAUUCUGGAGUUUGCGUUAAACCCAAUGAAGAAGUUGAUGAAGUUGUGUGUCAGUGUCUUGAAAUGUAUUAUGGAUACAAUUGUGAUAAAUAUUUAUUGAGUCCCAACCCAUGCAUAAAUCGCUGCUUGAAUGGAGGCGUUUGUGUUCUUCCUGAUCCAGAUCAACCCCCCAUAUGUCAUUGUACAAGGCGCUGGUCAGGACCAUAUUGUGAUAGACCUACUGCUUGUGAUGAUUAUUGUCGAAAUGGUGGAACCUGUUCCAUCACUAGUGAAGGACUGGCAUAUUGUGUGUGCUCAAAAGGAAUAAGUGGAACAAGAUGUGAACUUAACAGCUUUGGUCUGGAGGAAGAAGUUGAAACUCGUAGCGUUGUAGUACCAGUUUUAUCAGCUAUCGGAGUCAUUAUAGUUGUACUGAUCGCUGGUUUCUUAGUAUUUGAAUACAUCUUUAAGAAAAGAACUACAUUUUCACAUGAAAGAUUACACGAGAACGAUUUUAGUAAUCCAAUCUACCAAGAAAGGGAUGCCGAACCUUUCACUUUAGAUGCCGACAAAUCUGGUAACUUUGCUAACCCGGUCUAUGAAUCUGUUUACAAUGGGACGAGUAGCGUAAAAGACGAAAAGGCUGUGCUUCUAGAACAUAGUGUUGACGAAGCAGUUAGGCCGCCAACAGAAGAACUUUAGUUCCCUAAAAGUAACAUAUCAAUUUUUUUUAUUUUGUAUAAAUAUACGAGUCGAUCAUGAAUCAGUCAGUUCUGUCAAUUAUUAUUAACACACAUCAAAGUAAUAUUAAAAAAACUUGUUUUUAAGUAUUUUUUAAUAUACUACUUAGUUUAAAGUUUUUAAUUUUUAUGUUUUGUUUCAUAAUAUAUGUAUAUUUUAAAACAAAACAUUGACAGCUUGGAACAAGUGAAUAUUUUUUGAAAAUUUGAUACGAAACGAUCGUUAUCUAUUCAAAUAAAUAGGGUAUUUUUAAAAACACCGACAACUGUUUACAGGAGAUACUUAUAUGGGAAUCAAAUGGUAAUUUAAUAGAUACAAGGUGUUUACAGAUCAAUAAUUAAAAAAUAUAUAUAUAUAUAUCUGAGCUCGUUAGAAUUGUGUAUUUAACAGUAUGUAUCUUGAAAAAUAGUUUUAUUUUUCUAUUUUUAUUCCUAAAUUUUUUUUUAUAAUUUACCUCCGUCGGUAUAUAAAAUAAAUAUUGAAUAUAUAAUUUUGUACAUAUUUCCUUCUUUGAUGUGUGUUCCAUUUAAUGCUUCUCUAUUGUUAAAUGAAUUAAAUUAAUUGCUGUGACUUGUGCCAUUUUUGGGCAAUUGUUGUAAAUUUGAGGUGUUUAUUUUAUAAUUUCUCGUUUUUAUUAUUGCCCAAUCUAAUUUGUAAUUUUGUACCGAAUAGCAACCUCAAAAUUAACAAAAACACCGAAAUCGGAUUCCGCUGAAUAAAAAUUCAAUUUAUUAACACUAUAACUGUGCCAAAAAUAACAGUAUUAAAACGUAUUUUAGGGUGUUACUAACAUGUGGAAUGUAGAGAAAUACCUAACAAUGUUUGAUCUUAAAAAAAAAACACUAACAAAAAAUAAAUAAAUGUUAUUUUGAAAAAGUUAAUUAUUCAAUGAAUAUAUUAUCUGCCCAUAUAAACAGAAUAAAACAAAUGCACUUAUUACGUAAUCACACUGUAAAUAAUUGAUAAUUAAUACUGUACACUGUUGGUUCGUGUUAGUUUUAAUAUAAUCGUGUUUUUGUUAAUUUUUUGGAUUGAAACUAACAAAUAAUUCAUACGUCCUUGUAAAUAAUGUGACUGAUAUUAAAUCUAUUAUAUUUUUUACUAAUAUUCACGAUAAAGUUUUAAUUUCUUUUCGUAUUAAGUACAAUGGUUGUGUAAAUGAUUUUCUUUAUAUAAAUCAUAAAAAAAUAAUCCAUAUUCGGUAAUAAUUUAAGACAAUAGUAAAUACUUCUGGGAGGUAGACAUGUGUAUUUUUUCUAAUUUGAGAGAUAUUUUUCAGUUUCUAUUGGGUGGCAAAACCAGUGUGAAAAGAUGAGAUUUUAUCAAUAUAGUAGAAAAGUUUAAUGCAGAGAGCUUAUCAUAAAAAUAUCGGACUUCUUUUGAUUUUAUCACUAAAAAUCACUUAAUUAUCUUUUGUAGCAUACUGUUUGUUUUACUUUGUUAUCCCAGCGUUUUCAUGGACGAUCCACUCAGUGGCGAAGUCAAACUUGAUUUUUGGGUAUCCAAGUUUCCAGGGGUAUGGAAUACCCCCCAAAUAGUUCCGUGGUCCCUCACCUGAAAAUAUUGAAAAUUAAUUAUUCAGAAACCCAUUUCUAAGCUACUACAUCUUUAAAUUUUCUUUUGAAACAUUGUUUAACGUAACAAAACUUAAAAUCGUUAAGAAAAAAGUCAAAAUGAACCUGACAAACUUUUUAGUUCUUCAUUUAUAGAAAACAAUCAAUAAGCAUUACUUCAAAAGUUUGCUUUGCUUUAUUUUUGAAAAAUAAUAUUUAGACGAUUUUAAUUAUUUGCUUAUCCAAACACUUUCCUUAUGUUUUUCUUAUCCUAUGACUAGAUUUUGAAGUUAGAAAUCCAUAAUUCUUUAAAAUCCAAAAAUUAUCCUU